UUCCCGCUAAAACCAGCUGAAAAUAGUCAAAACGCUACAACUGCUGAAAUUGAUUAAUUAUUAAACAAAAAUUUUGCCAGAAUUCAUUGAUAAGCUUCUGCUGGGACUCUGAAGCAAUAACAACAAACGAUCCGCACGAAGCGGACUCAUACCGCCUGCUCAUUUCGCAGCGAAAAGUCGACAAUCGAGUGCCAAGGCUGAGAGUACAAAAACAACUGCAGUGCCGUGGGGUAAAGUUCACAGCAGUUUUUCCUUUUGUCAGAAGUUAGUCGGAAUACGUCGCCAUGGUCGACAAUAACAACCUGCGAACUGCGGUGAUAAACGAGGCGCCUCUUCUUCCGCCUUCUAGCAGCAUUGGAGUAGGCGUAUCCAGCGGUGGAUCUCCGCCCGAGGCAGUGCUGCGCACCCCGUACGGAAAUGUUAGGGCAUUGCCCGGUCCGGCGCAGCCUCCACCACUGCCACAGUCACCAUUCCAGCAGACACAACAGUUUGGAGGAUUCGGCGGUGGAUACGGAGGAAAUAACUACGGACUUGGAGGUUUCGGUGGAUUUAACAGUGGGGCCUUUGGAUACGGUGGCAUGGGCGGAUUUGGAAGCGGCUAUGGUUAUGGAGGUGGUUACGGCGGAGGCUUUGGUGGAGGAUACAACAGAUUCGGAGCCAACGACCCAGAGCAGCGUUUCAUUCAGAUGGCCGAGGCAAGUUCGCGUCCAGCUUUCCAGAGCAUCGAAUCCUUGGUGUCUGCCAUCGGCAACAUUGCCUCCAUGCUGGACUCCACAUUCUUUGCCCUGACCAGCUCGUUCCGGGCCAUUCUUGGCGUGGCGGCGAACUUUGGACGGCUGCGAAGUGUGUUUGCCCAGUUCUGGACUACGUUUGCCAUUUUUAGGGGUCUGAACUGGAUAUAUAGGAAGAUUCUCUUUUGGCUAAAACUAUCUAAUCUUGACCCUUCUUCAGAAGCCUUUAAGAAGGCCUUUGCUGAAGCCCUUAACGAUAACAAUCCCCAGGCGGGAGGAGCCCCUCAUGCACCGCGAAAGGGCAACUCACCUUGGCCGGUGCUGGCCUUCAUCAGCUUCAUCUUUACCGCUCCCUACCUGAUCAUGAAGCUGUUGGGCACCGUAACGAACACCGCCCAGGAGGAAGCCCGUAAUCCAGCUAAGUGGACGGGACCCAUUCAGACCCAGGCCGUUUACGACUUUGUUGGAAGAAGCCAGAGCGAGCUUUCGCUGCGCGCCGGACAAACGCUCCAUGUUGCCCCACGCGACAUUCAACAAACACUGAAUCUGCUUAACACUGGUUGGGCCCUGGCCACCACAAACGGUCAGACCUCUGGCAUCAUUCCAAUAAGCUAUGUUAAGUCGCCUCAGCAAAUGCGUCAGGAGAUUCAGCAGGAUCAGUUGAAACCAGUCCAGCCACAGCCUGAAUUGAUGGAUUUGUCAGCGGGAGCAUUUGCUUCCCCGCCGUUGGAGCAGCAAAUGAACUACGACUUCAACUUGGCCGCCCAGCAACAGGUACCUCUUGGCCCGCCAUCAACGACGGCAGCUGUCCUGGGCGAGGGAUUCGCCUGAGCUGGCCAACUCCUCUGGGAAUUAUAUCUUUACUUUUAGUUAGGUUCGGUUCUGCUUCUGUUAAAUGUACGUCCCUGUAUUUUAAGUUAGCUUCCGCCUUUUGUAAAUUUCCAUUUAGUUGUAAAUGUUAAUUAUUCAGCGAUCCCAAUGAAAGUAAACAUUAACCAUA